AUGUCGCAACAUGCCACCCCGGCGGACGGGGAGAAGUCCGUGGGCCCCAUGAAAGCUCGACGGGGAGGUAUUAACUUAGGGGGGAGGCAGAAGCUGUCCCGAAGUGAACUGCUCCGUCAUCCCGGGACCAUACGUUUCGCACCGUACUCCGCCCAUCACCGAAAAGUGCCUUCUAUGGAUACCUUUAAUACCACUAUACAACAAACAUUGGAAGCUCCAGGUAUGUGGAACGGCGUCUCAACAAAUCAGCCGAAUGCGGAUGCUCAAUCAGAGCCUUUGAGGAAUUUCUCUCCGGAGCCGGAUUUGGAUGAGACCCCACAAUCAUCAAACUUCCAGUAUGGUGAAGAAUACCGUGAUAACAACAACCACAACACCUGCAUCAAGAACAUCAAGCACCCAUUUUCAUUCACAAGGGGGAAGUACUUCUCAGGAUUCAACAUCAAUUUCACAAAAUGA